CGUCAGGAGGAAAAAAAACUUUAAGAUCAACAGCCGCCAUUUUGGUGGAGAUUUUCGUCCGAAAUUUCGGAAGAAUUUAUCGGCGUCGGGAGCUACGCUGGCCGCCCUGCGGAUCCCCCAGUGCGCGCACUCGGCUCCGAAAUCCACCUGGCCGUCAAACUAGCGCCGGUCCGGGCGCCUGUCUCCGGGGGGGAAAGCGACAGGAGGAAGGGGAGCGGGUGAGGGGGGUUCAAUCCCUACCCCCUCGGCUGAGCCGGACUGACUCUCCAGGCCAAGUAUUGUUUUCAUCGCCUCAGCCGGCAACGACCCGGCGGCAGUCCCCGGCCUGGCCUGGGCCCCGCGGCCCACAAUGAGGCCUGACUGACCGCCUUCGGUUCUCCCCCCCCCCCCCCCCCCCCCCCCCCCUUACAACCCCGAAAAAACCCCAUUUAUUUUUGUAAAAGUGUAAAUAUAUGUGAAGGGGGACCAGUAGGGAAUCGAUUUGAAUUGUUCCCAAGUGUGAGGGGAGUGCAGAAUGGCGGCGCGGUGGGGGUGAGGAGCCGGCGGUAAGCUCAGGCCCCGGGGCUUGGCAGGGACGCUGCUGCGGCGGCCUCCGUCUCCCCACCCCCUUCCCUCCCCUCCCUCACCUCUCCAUGUUUAUCACAUGAAACGCGCUGGAAAGUAGCAGUAAUAUAUAAAGCAUAACGCAGAGAUAAAAUGGCCGAGAAUCUUCUGGAUGGACCACCGUCUGCCAAGCGGCCCAAACUCAACUCGCCGGCGCGCUCGGCUAGUGACAGCACAGAUUUUGGAUUGUCGUUUGAUUUAGAAAAUGAUUUACCUGAUGAGUUGAUCAGAACAUCUGAUUCUUUCGGACUGCCCAACGGUGGUGAGUUGGGCCAGCUGAGCAAUGUCAUUGGUCAGGAUGCUGCUUCCAAACACAAGCAGCUCUCGGAACUUCUGCGUGCUGGCAGUGGCUCCAGUCUCACUGCAGGGCUGAUCAAUGUGAACUCCAACAACAAUCCUGGUAGAUCAAUGGACAAUUCUGUCCAGAGCCAGCAGAAUAGCUCCAAUGUAAGCAACAUGGGCAAAGGCUCUCACAAUCAGGGGCUGACUUCCCCUUCCAAUCUGGGACUGGCAGCCAGUGGUUCGAGUUCUUCAACAUCUGGCUCUCAAGCACUGAACACACAAGCACAAAAACAUGGAGAGCCGAAACAUCAUAACGCUGCAGCGUCGGGUUUGGUGUCUGCCAGCGGCAACCUGACGGCUCAGAGCGGGAUCGGCAUCAACACCAAUCUCAGUCACACACACCAAGCUCUACUGGGCAGCAACAGUAGCCAAGGUCUGAUGCAGCAAUCACAGCAAGGCCAGGGACAGGUGCUGAAUGGAUCGUUGGGUGCUGCCGGCAGGGGCCGUGGGGGAACGCAGUAUUCAAAUUCUGGCAGUGUGUUAGCGGAGACUCUAGCCCAGGGAUCGGCACACGUGGGUCUGAAUGCACAGCAAGCUGGGGCGAUGGCAAAAAUGGGAAUAUCAGGUAAUACAAGCCUAUUCGGACAAGGAUAUGGUCAAGCAGGUGGACAGCAGUUAGGCGCUACAGGGGUCGGACCUCAAUUGCAAAACAAAAGUGGCCUUUCGAAUAGUCUGCCUCCAUUUCCAGCUGAUUUAAAGGGUACUCAAGUUACAAAUGUGCCGAACAUGUCCCAGGUUCAGCAAGUAGGAAUGGUACAAGUACCAUCCCAGGUGCCAACACAAGGAAUGGGAUCGGCACCAACUGCUGAUCCAGAAAAACGCAAACUGAUACAGCAGCAGCUGGUCCUACUGCUUCAUGCCCACAAAUGUCAGCGGAGGGAACAGGCAAAUGGUGAGGUGCGGCCCUGCGCACUACCACACUGCCGAACCAUGAAAAACGUCCUGAAUCACAUGACUCACUGUCAAGCAGGCAAGUCCUGCCAGGUUGCUCACUGUGCAUCAUCAAGACAGAUCAUUUCUCACUGGAAAAACUGCACUCGACAUGACUGUCCUGUAUGUCUACCCCUGAAAAACGCCAGUGACAAGAGGAAUCAGCAGACCCUAUUAGGCUCUUUGCCAAGUGGAUUACCAAAUACAGUGGGUUCAGUUGGGAGUAGUCCACAAGGCACAUCCAGCAAUUCAAAUCCUAUCGACCCCAGUUCAAUGCAGAGAGCAUACGCCGCACUUGGUCUGCCCUAUGGUAACCAACCACAAGCGCAGUCACAGCCUCAGGUACAAGGCCAGCAGACAGCACAGCCUCAAGUCCAUCAGUCAAUGAGGCCAAACCCUUUGGGUACGAAUCAGAUGAAUGUGGUUGGAGGGAUGGGUGUUCCAACGCCUGAUCAGUCAAACCUGAUGUCUGACUCUGCUCUUCCACCUUCCCUUGCUACACCAAACCAAAUAAUGAAUGAUGGCACAAAUGUUGGUAAUGUAAGCACGUUGCCGACUGCAGCACCUUCCACUAGUGGUGUUCGAAAACCAUGGCACGAACACGUAACUCAAGAUUUGCGCAAUCACCUAGUUCAUAAACUAGUGCAAGCCAUAUUUCCAACCCCUGACCCAGCAGCACUGAAGGAUCGUCGCAUGGAAAACCUUGUGGCGUACGCUCGGAAAGUGGAAGGAGAUAUGUAUGAAUCUGCAAAUAGUAGGGAUGAAUAUUAUCACUUACUUGCAGAGAAGAUUUACAAGAUUCAGAAAGAGCUCGAGGAAAAAAGACGGUCUCGACUUCAAAAACAGCAGCAGGGAAUAUUGCCAAACCAGGGUGCCUUGACAGGACCAGGAGGACAACCACCUGGUAUGUCACAGACACCAGGUAUGGCUCAGGUCCAGUCUGUCCGACCACCCAAUGGACCCUUGUCUAUGCCAAAUGUGCCAAAUCAAAUCAUAAAUCGCAUGCCUGGGUCUCAAGGUAUGAACCAGUUUGGGCCCAUGUCUUUGGGGAAUGUUCAGAUGCCACAGGGACCCAUAGGACCACGUGCAACUCCUCCCAUGAACCAUAAUGUACAGAUGGGCAUGUCACCUUCCCGACUAUCAAAUCCUCAAGGUCUGAUGGGAGUGCAUGCCAACAACAUUGGUCAGCCUUCUCCCCAAAACCAGUUUCUGAAUCAGAACCAGUUUCCUCCAGCCUCUGGUGGAAUGAAUGUCAAUAAUGUGGGGAUUUCUCAACCUGCAAACCAGCCUGUAAUGAAUCAGACACAGGCCCCUGGAACCACCCUGCCUUUGAACAAUACUGUAAACAUGAUUGGACUAUCGGGUGCUCAGAUGCAUUGUCCACCGGUAUCUCAGCCAACUCUCCGGCAAACUCCUUCCCCCGCCUCCAUCUCUGCCUCUGCCGUUGCCACAGCUGCUGGAAGUAUGCCAUCCAUCCAGCAUUCGGCCCCUUCUGGCAUGACUUCUCCUCAACCGGCAACUUCCCAGUCUCAGGCCUCCACUCCAGCUUCCUCUUCAGGUCAGACUUCAACACCGACAGCAACACCAGCACGGAGUACCACCCCAAAUCAGACUCCACCUAGGACCCAAACCCCGACGCAGCCUCUAACACCAGUACAAUCACAGCAGUCGGUAACAACACCACAGCCAAUGCAACAGUCGGUCGGGCCACCUCAGCCUACAACUCCUCUCUCACAAUCUGCGGCAAGCAUGGAUGGUAGAGUGGCCACCCCAGCCUCUGUGGCUAGUACAGACACUAACUCGCAGCAGCUCAUCACCGAAGCACCGCUGUCUGAAGCCAAAACCGAGGCCAAAAUGGACGAAGUGGAAUCCGAGCCACCAGAAGCCCAGACGGAAGUCAAAACCGAGAGUGACGAGGUGUCUUCAUGUCCACAGCUGAAGGAAGAGAGUAACGAAAGUGUUGAAAACAAGCAGGAUGCAAUGGAGGAGGUGGAGGAGGAGGAGAAACCAGAAAUUAAAACCGAACCCAAAGAAGAGGAGGAGGAGACUGGAGCCAAUGCAUCAUCUCAGUCAUCAGCAUCGCCUCCACAGUCACGUCGAAAGUUUUUCAAACCAGAAGAACUGCGGCAAGCACUUAUGCCCACGCUUGAAGCAUUGUACCGUCAAGACCCAGAAUCGCUGCCAUUCAGGCAGCCUGUAGAUCCCUCACUGUUGGGAAUUCCUGAUUAUUUUGACAUAGUGAAGAAUCCUAUGGAUCUGUCAACAAUAAAACGGAAGCUGGAUACUGGGCAGUACCAGGAGCCAUGGCAGUAUGUAGAAGAUGUAUGGUUGAUGUUCAACAAUGCAUGGUUGUACAAUCGCAAGACCUCCCGUGUAUAUAAAUACUGUGCAAAAUUAGCCGAGGUCUUCGAGCAGGAGAUUGAUCCCGUCAUGCAGUCUCUUGGCUACUGUUGUGGACGAAAGUAUGAGUUUUCCCCUCAGACAUUGUGCUGCUAUGGUAAACAGUUGUGUACAAUCCCUCGCGACGCCACGUAUUUCAGCUAUCAGAACAGUUCACCCAAAUAUGGCCUUCUUGCUGACAGGUAUCACUUCUGUGAGAAGUGCUUCAAUGAGAUCCAAGGCGACAGUGUCACUCUGGGUGACGAUCCUACCCAGCCACAAACAACAAUUUCAAAAGAUCAGUUUGAAAAGAAAAAAAAUGACACGUUGGAUCCUGAGCCAUUUUUUGAAUGUAAAGAAUGUGGUCGCAAAAUGCAUCAGAUCUGCGUUCUCCAUAAUGAAACUAUUUGGCCUUCAGGCUUUGUUUGUGAUAAUUGCUUGAAAAAAGCGGGUAAAACGAGAAAAGAGAAUAAAUACAGUUCCAAAAGGUUACAAACAACCAGGUUAGGGAAUCAUUUGGAAGACAGAGUGAAUAAAUUUCUACGGCGUCAGAACCAUCCUGAAGCUGGGGAAGUUUUUGUCCGUGUAGUAUCUAGCUCGGAUAAAACAGUGGAAGUUAAACCAGGAAUGAAAAGCAGGUUUGUGGAUACCGGUGAAAUGUCAGAAACGUUUCCUUACAGAACAAAAGCGCUCUUUGCUUUUGAGGAGAUUGACGGUGUGGAUGUCUGUUUCUUUGGAAUGCAUGUACAGGAAUAUGGCUCUGACUGUCCAACUCCCAAUACAAGGCGUGUGUACAUAUCAUACCUUGAUAGUAUUCACUUCUUUCGCCCAAGAUGCCUCCGAACUGCAGUCUAUCAUGAAAUCUUAAUUGGUUACCUGGAAUAUGUGAAGAAGCUUGGGUAUACACAGGGCCACAUAUGGGCAUGUCCUCCCAGUGAAGGUGAUGAUUACAUCUUCCAUUGCCACCCGGUCGAUCAGAAGAUUCCCAAGCCCAAACGGUUGCAGGAAUGGUAUAGGAAAAUGCUGGAUAAAGCUUUUGCUGAACGAAUCAUACACGAUUACAAGGAUAUCUUCAAACAAGCGACAGAAGACCGGUUGACCAGUGCAAGUGAGUUGCCUUAUUUCGAGGGUGAUUUUUGGCCCAAUGUUCUUGAAGAAAGCAUAAAAGAAUUGGAACAGGAGGAAGAGGAACGAAAGAGAGAGGAAAAUAGCAUUCCCAGUGAAAUGCCAGAGGGAAAGAAAGGAGACAGCAAAAAUGCAAAGAAAAAGAACAAUAAGAAAACUAAUAAGAAUAAGAGCAGCAUCAGUCGAGCUAGCAAGAAAAAGCCUGGGAUGCCGAACGUGGCCAAUGACUUGUCACAGAAGCUGUAUGCCACGAUGGAAAAGCAUAAAGAGGUAUUUUUUGUUAUCCACUUCCAUGCCGGUCCUGUGGUGAACACCCUGCCCUCUGUCGUGGACCCCGACUCAAUGCUCGGCUGUGACUUGAUGGACGGCCGAGAUGCAUUCCUAACAAUCGCCAGGGACAAGCACCUGGAGUUCUCGUCGCUGCGCCGGGCAAAGUGGUCCACUAUGUGCAUGCUGGUGGAGCUGCACAACCAAGGCCAGGACCGCUUCGUUUACACUUGCAACGAGUGCAAGCAUCACGUGGAAACACGGUGGCACUGCACGGUGUGUGAGGAUUACGAUCUAUGUGUCAACUGCCAUAACAUUAAAGGCCACGAGCACAAAAUGGUGAAGUGGGGCCUGGGAUUGGACGACGAGAGCGGCAACCAGCCCGACCCGCUGUCCAAGAGCCCACAGGAGUCUCGGCGCCUCAGCAUCCAGCGCUGCAUCCAGUCUCUGGUGCACGCCUGCCAGUGCCGCAACGCCAACUGCUCGCUGCCGUCCUGCCAGAAGAUGAAGCGGGUGGUGCAACACACCAAGGGCUGCAAGCGCAAGACCAACGGAGGCUGCCCCGUCUGCAAGCAGCUGAUUGCUCUCUGCUGUUACCACGCCAAGCACUGCCAAGAGAACAAAUGCCCCGUGCCCUUCUGCCUCAAUAUCAAACACAAGCUGCGGCAGCAACAGCUGCAACACCGUCUGCAGCAGGCGCAGAUGCUGCGCAGGAGGAUGGCCACAAUGCAGCGGGGGAAUGUGCCUCAGCAAAGCCUGCCGUCCCCUACCUCAGCCGCGCCCGUCACCCCCACAGGGCAGCAGCAGCAGCCGCCGGGCACGCCGCAGACCCCUGAACCCCAGCCCCAGCCCCAGACCCCGCCGUCCAACAACCUGCCCGCUGGCUUCCCCAACCCGCCCAGGGUUCAGCCCCCCGCCGCUGUCCCGCAGGGGAAGCCCGGCAACCAGGUGCCGGCACUGCCACAACCCCCACCCACACAGCCCCCUCCCGCUGCGGCAUUGGAGGUGGCCAGACAGAUCAAGCUGGAGGCUCAGCAGCAGCACCACCUGUACCAGAUGGCCAGCAUGAACAACGGGCUGGGCAUGGCGCGCCAGAACAUGAUGGGGCAGCAGAUGGGGCCCGUGGGGCAGAUGCCGCCGGUCAACAUGAAGGUGGCACGGCUGCCGAUGGGGCAGGCCAUGCCAAGCAUGCAGCCGGGGCAGUGGCCACAGGGGACAACGUUGUCGCAGCCCCUGCAGCCCGGUAUGCCCAGGGGCGCCAUGCAGAUGUCGCCGCAGACCACGGCCGGACAGAGGAUGCCCAGUUCCCAGCAGCUGCCGCGAGGCAGCAUCUCCCCCAACGCGCUGCAGGACCUGCUACGGACGCUGAAGUCGCCCAGCUCCCCACAACAGCAACAACAGGUGCUGAACAUCCUCAAGUCCAACCCGCAGCUAAUGGCGGCCUUCAUAAAGCAGCGAACGGCCAAGUACCAGGCCAGCCAGCCCGGCAUGCAAGCGCAGGCUCAGCCCCAGCCCCGGGUGCAGCAAGCGGGCAUGCACGCUCAGGCCGGUAUGCAGAACCCCCUGCAGAACCUGAGUCCCAUGCAGGCAGCUGCCCAGCGACCUGCCCUGUCCCCGCAGCAGCAAGGCCUAGGCAGCCUGAACAACCAGAGUCAAACCAUGAGCAUGAUGAACCCCGGCCACAACCCCAACCUGCCGGCCAUCAACCCCCAGUACCGGGAUCUGCUGAUCAGGAGGCAGCUCAUCCAACAACAACAGCAGCAGCAACAGCAGGGUGCUGGUAUGGCUGCAGGCAUGGCGGGUCAUACCCAGUUCCAGCAACCGCAAGGACCAGCGUACCCACAAGCCAUGCCACAGCAACGCAUGCAGCAACACAUGCCGAUGGGGCAAAUCAGCCAGUUGGGGCAGAUGAACCAGCUAGCGGGCGAGGGGCCUCCCACCAUCCAGCAGACGUUGCAGCAGCGCAUCCUCCAGCAGCAGCAGCUGAAGCAACAGAUGAGCUCGUCAGUACAGCCCAACCCCAUGAGCCCCCAGCAGCACAUGCUCUCAGGACAGCCGCAGCCUUCUCACCUGCAGAACCAGCAGAUCGCCACUUCCCUCAGCAACCAGGUGCGAUCGCCACAGCCGGUGCCCUCCCCACGGCCCCAGUCCCAGCCUCCACAUUCCAGCCCUUCGCCCAGGAUACAACCGCAGCCUUCCCCUCACCACAUCUCGCCACAGACCGGCUCCCCGCACCCUGGACUGGCAGCAUCCCAGGCUAACCCCAUGGAUCAGGGACACUUUAGCACCCCAGAACAGAGUGCAAUGCUUCCACAACUGACUAAUCCAAGCAUUAGUGCUAUACACAGCGCCACUGGCGACUUAGGACUGGGCACUGACACCUCCAGCCUAACAAGCACCACCAUUACAUGUGACACACUAGAAAAAUUUGUGGAAGAAAACUUGUAGCAUUUUGGGAGAAAUUUUUCCUGAUACUUUUUUUGUACUGAAAAUUUCAGCUGUCUGGGGCCGUGCAGACCCCUGGAAGGAACUGCAACUUCCUUAGACUUUUUGGGAUGACUUGCUGUUAAAAUACAAAGAAUAUAUUUUUUGUUCAGACUGGUUGCAUAUUCUGGUCGAGUUUUGUUUUUUUUUUUUUUCAUUUUGUUUCUUGUUUUCCUUUGUUGCUAAUGACUCUGCCUGAGUUUUUUAAAUGGAAAUGAAUGCGUUCAUUAUAUUAUUCAUAUUUUUUAUUUUGUACUUUUCAGACUUUAAGCAUUUUUGUGUUUAAAAACCAGGAACAAAGUUUUCCUUAAAAAUGCAACAUAUAAUGUAUACCAAUAAUUUUCUGCCGUGUUCUGGGAAGGUUUUUCUAUAGUGAAGUCUGUGCGGGCGUUUCAAGUAUUGAAUUUGUAUAGAUAGGAAUAGACCAUUGCACAUAUGUACUGGCUAAAGCCAAACCUUGUCUUGCAGAUGUAGAAAUUGUUGCUUUGUUUCAUGAUAAACUGGUUUUAGUGAAACUAGGAUGAUCACUGAUAGAUUGUGGUGAUUUUAAUAGAAGAAAUAUCUUUCCUUUUCCUCCUUCAUUCUCUGUGAAACUUGAAAUGAGAAGAAAGCAAUUAUAGUGUAAAUCAUGCAAGUUAUAUAAUUACUAUAAAUAAGGAAACAAAACUCAAUCACUGUAUAAACUGGUUAAAACUCAUUUCUUACUUAUAUACCAUAUUGUUAAAUAAACUGUGUGCAACAGAAAACAGGUUUGUACUUCUUUAGUAUUUAAAGCAAUGUUUUUAAAAAUAAAAGGGAAUAUAUGUUUAAAAUCCACUCCUUAACACUCCCCACCACUGUUAAAGGUGUUGAUCAAUCCCACCAAGUGUAGACCUCCAAAUUCAGCUUUCCAGAAUUGAAAGAGCUUACCUUUUAAAGUAGUGCUUUUAAAACAGAAGCCUACACCUGCUCCAUGAUCCCAAUCUCAGGCCACGUUCGCAUACAGACGUCCAUGCAAAUAAGCAUUCACACACAAUCACGCAAAUAUACAUAUAUACACAGCCACACAAAGUGCACGCCUACACAAUCACACAAAUGCACCCACAUACACGAUUACAAAUGUGCACAAGUGUAACAAUCAGACACACACGCAAAAACAUCCUCACAUGGACACCAUUUCCCUCCUGUGUGACACAUUACUACCAGAAAUAGUCACCAAUUCCUGUGAUUGGGGAAAUCCAGCCCUGCUUACCCCAAACACAAGGUUUUCAGUAACCUGUCUUGCUUUUGUUUUGCCGAUUAACAUUUAUAAAAAUAGGAAAUAAAAUUCUGGAAUGCCACAAUUUUUAUACAGCGUGUAACGUUUAAGGCGUGAUUUCUAUGCAGCCUCACACUGGUCUCGCCACUUGUGUAACUUAUACUUCAGCCAAGUGUAUAGAAUGAUGGUUACUGAUGGGACAGUGAACGAUUCCAUCAGAUUACCUAGUUCUUUCGGUUGAAGGUUAAUCUGAGCUGCCUGCAUGCAGGUGUUUAUGUAUGUGAUUCUGAAUUAUGCAAAAUCAACAAAGUACUGAACUGUGAUAAGUCAGAAUAUUAAAACCUGGACACUGGAUACAUUCAACUG